CAACAGUUACAUGGGAAAGAAUAGACAAAAGCUUAGGAAUACUGGAACUCCCUGAUAAGAUUGCUCCUUAUGAUAUGAUAUGGACAGGCCACCAAGUGUAAAUUCCACUGCGUUCUGCAGGAUUUGGCCGAAUGUCAAUGAGAAGCCCAACGGUCCAAGAGGGAUCACGUGAAUGCAAUGUUUGGCAGGGCCCACAGAGCCCAGGCUGUAACUUCUGAAGCCGGCCUUCACAGGAACUUUUCAUAGAAGUCAGUUAAAGCAGAUUCUAGAGAUGUGGUAGAAACCAGGGAAAAAUGUGCAUUGUUUUCUUCUAAAUAAGGAGAUCAGUGGAUAAACUGUGCUUCUCAGAGUCCUGGCCUCAAAUGUCUCAAAAGGCAAAAUGAUUAAGAGAGAAAUGAGUGUGUGUCAACAGACAUGGGCAUUAUUAUGCAAGAACCUUCUGAAGAAAUGGAGAAUGAAAAGAGAGUCCUUGAUGGAAUGGUUGACCCCAUUGCUCCUCCUACUUUGUUUGUAUCUAUAUCCUACUAAUCAUAAAGUUAAUGAUUUUUCUUCACUGCCUGCUGUGAACCUGGGACCGGUAGACUCAUUUAAAGAUUCUACAUUUUCUAUUAUAUACACACCUGUCACCAAUACAACCCAACAGAUAAUGAGUAAAGUAGCCUUAGCUUCCUUCAUGAAAGGUAUAAAAGUUUUGAGGCUGUCCAAUGAAGAAAAUAUUAAAGAAUUAAUGCCAGAUUAUCCUGAGGAAGUAAUACAAGUCAUCUUUACUAAUACAUUCUCAUAUCAUUUGAAAUUCUUGCUGGGAUACAGAAUCCCGACAAAGAAGGAACACAGGGACCAUGAAGCUCAUUGUUUUAAAAUGAGUGGCGAUGUUAACUGCCAAGUUUCACAGUACUGGGAGAGAGGUUUCGUCGCUCUUCAAGCUGCUAUUAUAGAAACUGCAACAAAUCAUUCAGUGAUGGAGGAAUUGAUGUCCGUUACUGGAAAAAAUAUGAAGAUACAUCCCUUUGUCAGUCAAGGGGGCAUUGCAACUGAUUUCUUCAUUUUCUUCUGCGUUAUUUCCUUUUCCUCAUUCACUUAUUAUGCAUCUCUUAACAUUACAAGAGAGAGGAAAAAGAUGAAGGGCUUGAUGAGGAUGAUGGGUCUUCGGGAUUCGGCAUUCUGGCUCUCCUGGGGUCUGCUCUAUGGUGUUUUCAUCUUCAUUAUGGCACUUUUCUUGGCACUUAUUAUAAAAUCUGUCCAGUUUGUCAUUCUGACUGGCUUCAUGGCGAUCUUCACCCUCUUUUUCCUCUAUGGAUUGUCUUUGAUGACUUUGGCUUUUCUAAUGAGUGUCUUGGUAAAGAAAUCUUUCCUCACUGGUCUGGUCAUGUUCCUUCUCACCGUCUUUUGGGGAAGUUUGGGAUUUACAGCAUUGUACAGGCAACUUCCUACAUCCUUGGAGUGGAUUUUAAGCUUUCUUAGCCCCUUUGCCUUCAUGCUUGGAAUGGCCCAGCUUUUGCGCUCAGACUAUGAUUUGAAUUCCAAUGCAUUUCCUAAUCCAUCGGACUACUCAAAUCUGAUAAUAGCAACAAAUUUCAUGUUGGCUUUUGAUCUUUUCUUCUAUGUGGCACUGACGAUUUAUUUUGAGAAAAUUUUGCCAAAUGAAUAUGGACAUGGAUAUCCCCUCUUGUUUUUCCUGAAGUCCUCCUUUUGGUCACGGGAACAGAAAGCUGAUCAUGUGGUCCUUGAAGAUGAAAUAGAUUCCGAUCCUUCAUCUAAUGACUCCUUUGAACCAAUGCCUCCAGAAUUCCAUGGGAAAGAAGCCAUCAGCAUCUCACCCAACUGUAAGUGCUAUGGAGUGAUAGACAGAAGGAGUAAUCCAUAUGAAUUCCAGGGAUAUUCCAUGCCCUGGUUAAUUUUGACAUCCUCACGUACUCCUUAUAUUGCCAUGAGCAGCAUUGAUGAUUAUAAGAGCAAAGCUCAGUCCCAGCUAUGGAUUUCGGGCCUCUUCCCUUUUUCUGCCUACUGGUGUGGGCAGGCGCUGGUGGAUGUUCCGAUGUACUGCUUGAUCUUCCUUCUUAUGUAUUUGAUGGACUACAGUUUAAAUGCCCAAGACACUCUAUUUACAGUUGUAAAUCAGAUUAUACAAAUCCUGUGUGCGGUUGGCUAUGCCGCCUCCCUUAUCUUCUUGACAUACGUGAUUUCAUUCAUUUUUCGCAAGGGGAAAAGAAAUAGUGGCAUUUGGUCUUUUUGCUUCUGUAUGAUCACCAUCUUCUCUGUGUUUAUAUUGCUGUUUGAGCGCUAUGGACAUGUCACGCUGUACUGUGUCACCUUUUUAGUACCACAUGCCACGUUAAUUGGCUGUAUGUUCUUAUAUUUUCAGGUGUUCAUAUUUUAUUUCCAGAAUGAAGAAUCAAGAAGUAUAGAGCUAUUUCUGGUAUUCUUAAUUCCUUUCCUUCAUUUUAUCAUCUUCCUUUUUAUUCUUCGAUGUCUGGAAUGGAAGUUUGGAAAGAAACCAAUGAGGAAGGAUCCCUUCUUUAGAAUUUCUCCAAGAAGCAAUGAUGUUUAUCAAAAUCCAGAAGCACCAGAAGGGGAGGAUGAAGAUGUUCAACUGGAAAGAAUGAGAACAGCAGAUGCCUUGAAUUCCACAAACUUUGAUGAGAAACCGGUCAUUAUCUCCAGCUGCCUGCGCAAAGAGUAUGCAGGGAAAAGGAUAUGCUGCUUUUCCAAGAGGAAGAAGAAAAUCGCCACAAGAAAUGUCUCUUUCUGUGUUAGAAAAGGUGCGGUUUUAGGAUUAUUAGGACACAAUGGAGCUGGGAAAAGCACAUCCAUUAAGGUGGUAACUGGAGACACGAAACCGACUGCCGGACAGGUCCUACUUAAAGGGAGCAGCGGGGAGGGCUCCUUGGGCUUCCUAGGGUACUGUCCCCAGGAGAACGUGCUGUGGCCCAAUCUGACCAUGAAGGAGCACCUGGAGGUGUUUGCUGCCAUUAAAGGGCUGAGGAAAGCGGACGCAGCCAUCACCAUCUCCAGAUUGGUGGAUGCGCUCAAGCUGCAGGACCAGCUGAAGCUGCCCGUGAAGGCCUUAUCCGAGGGAAUAAAGGAACAGGUGUGCUUCGCGCUGAGCAUCCUGGGAAACCCAUCGGUGGUGCUUCUGGACGAGCCGUCCACGGGGGUGGACCCCGAGGGGCAGCAGCAGAUGUGGCAGGUGAUCCGGGCCACCUUCAAAGACACAGAGAGGGGCGCCCUCCUGACGACCCACUACAUGGCAGAGGCUGAGGCCGUGUGUGAUCGCGUGGCCAUCGUGGUGUCCGGGGAGCUGAGAUGUAUCGGUUCCAUCCAACACCUGAAGAGUAAAUUUGGUAAGAAUUAUCUGCUGGAGAUGAAGGUGAAGACCCCGGAGCAGAGGGAAAGCCUCCAUCGUGAAAUUCUGAGGGUUUUCCCCCAGGCUGCCCGGCAGGAAAGGUACUCUUCUGUGAUGGUCUAUAAACUGCCAGUGGAAAAUGUGCGACCUUUAGCACAAGCUUUCUGCACGUUAGAGAAGGUUAAACAGAGCUUCGACCUGGAGGAGUACAGCCUCUCCCAGUCCACCCUGGAGCAGGUUUUCCUGGAACUCUCCAAGGAACAGGAGCUGGAUGACUUUGAGGAAGAACUUGACCCUUCAGUGAGGAGGAAACUCCUCCCACAGGAAGACCCUUAAAGCCCAAAUACCCUAUGUUUCCAUUCAAGCAUGUGGUUAUUUUUUAAGACAUUGAUUUUUAUAGCAUCAAUGUCAUAUUUUUAGCAACUGUAUUAUAAACACCAACAUGGUUCUUCCUGUGGUGGAGAGGAGGGGGGAGCAAUGCCUGGGCAGUCCCAGCUACCACGUGGACAGAGGCCCGUGGCUGAGCCCUCCUCCCAGUCACUGCCUCUGUGUCUCUGCAGGUCACCCCGAUUCCACUUUUCUGUACAAUACUGAAUAAAUAAAUUUACUUUUAUGAGGUC